CACAGAGGCUAGGAAGGGAGUUGCUUCAGGAGGUUCCUGUUGGAGCAGAAGGGAUCCUGCCUUUUGUGCUGAAAGAGCUUUCCUGCUGCCAAGAUGCCAUUGCCACGGACAGUGACCCCUGGGCCAGAGCUCCAAAGCCCCAAGGAGCUCGGGAAGUCACAGACCCUGCCACAGGGCACCCGGAAGUCCAACAGUAUGAAAGAGCCAAAGGGACAGCAUGGGAACGCCCUGAAACCCAGCCUGGGCACCCUGAAGCGGACCUUCUUCCGGACCAGCCUGCCCCCACCUUCCACCCACAAGCCCAAGGAUGACCCGGGCCUAAUCAGGCGAAGUUCCCGCUUCCUGUUACGGUCCCUGCGUCGGGCCCUGGACGAAGGCCUAGCUGCUGGGUUCCCUCAAGUCACUGCUGUGCCAGAGAAGCCUUCCAGGGUUGCAGACGGUGUCAGUCGGCGGGCAUCCACAGGGAUGGGGCCUGAGGAGCUGGAACCCCAGGCAGAAAGCAAAUCCGUGACAGACCUCAUCACUGAGCGGCAACUAGUGAAAGCCUUCGAACAGUUGCGGUACCUGGAGACACAGCUGGUAGCAGACAAAACCUCACGCACCUUUGCGCAGGACCCCACCGCCUAUGCGCGGCGCGCUAUGGACCUUUGCAUACAUUACGAUGGAAUGGCUGCAGAGAUCGGAGCCAUUGUGCGUGAGGCCCUGGGUUCUGAAGGCGUGGAUCGAGACGCUCUAGCCGAACUGGCCCAAGUGGUGCACUUGGAAGAGGAGGCCCAUCAGGCCCCCCAAGCCGAGGGUGACUUCUUGAGUACGCCCCGCCACUGGCGCCAGCACUGGGAAGACGCAGUGCGGCGCAGCGCUCAGGAGCGCGUGCAGCAGGCAGGCGGCAAAGUGGCCCCCGGGGCUGCUGCGGAGGGCGCGUCAGACCUAGCCCAGCUUCUGGCUGAGCUUGGUAGCGUCGUCCGCCACGACCUACAGAAGGUGCGAUUAGAGAUGCAGCCCGCCUACGAAGCCACCGACUUUCCGGUGUGGGAGACCUACUUGCGUGCUUUCCACAGCGCGGUGGCCCAGCGUCUGCAGGAGCUGGCGCGAGACGCCCGCGGCUGUGAGCAGCUCUAUGUGCUUUUAGACUGGGCCGCCAAUGUAUAUGGCAGUCCUAACUUCCUGGGUGCUCCAGACUUGGCGCUGCCCACCGAACCGCUGCCCCCACUCUUAGAGCCCGCGCUGUGGGCCCGACUGGAAAGUGACUACACUAGCUUCCUAGAGACAAAGAUCUCAAGCUGUUUUGACAGCAUCUUGCAGCUGGAGCAGAGGCGUUGGGAAGCCGGCGAAGACCCAGAAGUGCUUCAGGGCCUGUACCACGCGCCCCUGUCCAUCGAUGUGCACAUGCUCGUGGCUGAGCACGUGAAGGCGGCCGGCGCUAUCUCCUCGGAGCUGGAGGCCACCACCCUGCAGAUCUGCGCGCGCGCGCUCUGCCUCUUUGUGCCCAGGUUUGAAAAGGCUUUCCUGGCGUCCAAGGCGGUGAGCGAGUGCUACCUGGGCUCCUACAUUAACUCCUGCAUGGAGAUGAGAACCAGCCUUCUGGCCAGGUUCCCAGGAACCAUAAAGGAACUGGAGAAGCCCCUGGUGGCUGCCACCAAAAGCUUCCAGAAGCAUUUGCUCCAGAUUGUACAGCAAGACGUGCAGCCACUGUUCAAGGCGCUAUACACCAGGAGCUGGCUCACACAGGACACGCUGCGCCCCCUCGUGGACAAGGUGGUGGACUUUGCGCGUCACCUUGAGCAUGUGACCCCACCACUGGCACAGGAGACGCUGCAGGAGGUGCACCGUUUUGUGGUCCGCGAGUACCUGGGGCAGGUGCUGAGGCCCCACGAGAGGUUCAGUGGCCUGGAUCGUGUGAACGGCUCCCAUAAGAUGAGCCUGGAUGCCCAAGCCAUUAGCAGCACCUUCCAGGGCUUGGGCUCUGAAGCCACGUGGCUGGACCAAGCCAUCCUGUGCGUGGCUGAGAUCCUGGGCGAGACCUACAAAGACGACAUCCGGCGGCACCUGGAGACGCUUAUACAGAGCUACCCAGACAUCAGGCGUGACCAUAUAUUGGCCAUUCUGGCGUUGCGUAGACUAGGACGCCGAAGGAACCAGAAUCUGUUGCAACACACCCAAGGCUUGCUGAGGACAGCCCCCGAGGUCGCGUCCUCCCCACACCGUGUGCUCUUUGAAGAGAUCGAAGUGCCCACCUCUGUGGAUGUGCUUAUCACCUGCAUCUAGGGCUGGAUGACAAGCAGGAGCCUGGUGGGCGGAGGCUCCGUCACCCUCCCUGUGACUGACCCCAAGUUGGGAGCCCAGUGAGUCACUCUGGCCCUACCCCAGCUUUGAGGCCUGGAGCCAUGGAAUUUUUGGUCUCAGUUGCUUGAGUGCUCAGCCAGGGGAGGCAUCCCAGGCAUUUGUGGGGGAGUCUUCUGGGGUGGCUGAGGCUCCUUGCAGGACUUCAGGCCAGAGAGGACUUCCCUUUCUAACUGCCCAGCAUAUCCCCACUACAGCAAGGAGCUAAAUAUUCUAAAAAUAAAUGUGAAUUAAAAUAGU